AUGCCCGUGUCUGGAGAGGUCUUCACAACAACUGCCCCGGCAGCCUGUCCAGAGAGGCCCUGUCGGACGGACUUCCAGCUGGUGCGAGUCAAGAGCAGGUGGUGCCGGGUCAAGAAGGGAGAAGCCCUAUCCGAUUGCGACGACGAGAUAACUCUCUCUGAAGCUAAGAUAGGAAAAUGUGUUUCCGAAGGUGGGAUUUCCUGGACCGUUGAAGCUCCCAUCUAUUUUUGCUAUAAAGUGGUAGAGACGUACAACAUCCUGGACCCUUCCAACACCACGCUCCUUUGGGGCCACAUUGCUGACCACCAGCAGCUAGAGCUGGCCACCAGCAGUAAGAGAAAGCUGAGGCGUUUUAUUGUCAUGGAUGAAGUGGUCGAUGAACUCUACGGCUCCAAGGUGAGAAGAUACUUCGAAGCGAAUAACGUUCAAUACAAAAUCCUCGCCCUGCCUACGACCGAAGAAACGAAAUCCAUGGAUCUGGUCUUGAGCAUCUUGCAGGAAGUCCAGGCCUUCAGCAUCGACAGGCGAACAGAGCCCAUCAUCGCCAUCGGAGGAGGGGUUUGCCUGGAUAUCGUAGGACUAGCAGCGUCGCUCUACAGAAGGCGCACGCCCUACAUUCGAGUCCCAACCACCCUUCUGUCCUAUGUCGAUGCCAGCGUGGGGGCAAAGAAUGGGGUGAAUUUCCUCCAGUGCAAGAAUAAGCUUGGAGGCUACACUCCCCCCGUGGCAAGUUUUCUGGAUAGAUCCUUCAUUCAGAGUAUUCCUCGGCGACACAUCUCCAAUGGCCUCGGGGAAAUUUUAAAGAUGGCACUCAUGAAGCACAAAGGGUUAUUUGACUUGCUCAAGAGCCAUGGAAAAUACUUGCUGGACACCAAGUUCCAGUCUUACAGUGACUCCACCAGCCCUGGGGAUGCUGCACUCCAGACUACCCGAAUUGCCAUUGAAACCAUGCUGGAAGAGCUGGCUCCCAAUCUCUGGGAGGAUGACCUGGACAGACUGGUUGAUUUUGGUCACCUUAUAAGCCCAGAACUGGAAAUGCGGGUUCUGCCGUUGCUGAUGCACGGCGAGGCCGUGACCAUCGACAUGGCGUUCAUGACCUACGUGGCCUAUGCCCGGGGACUCCUCAGCUGCGGGGAGAAGGAGCAGAUCAUCCAGUGCAUGCGGGCCCUGGAGCUGCCCGUGUGGCACGGCGCCUGCAGCUGGCACCUCAUCCAAAGGGCCCUGGUGGAGCGGCUGAAGCACGGCGGCGGGCGGCCCCGCAUGCCGCUGCCCACCGGCCUGGGGGUGGCAGAAAUAUUCAAUGACACGAGUGAGGAGACCCUGAAGGCAGCCUACCAGCUGUGGGUGGGCGACUGCAAGGUGGCAGAAGCGCCAGCCGCACGCUGA